AUCGAGUAAUUUUUUGAAAAUGUGAAUUACUAAAUUAUCGAAAUUACUUUGCUUGAUUAUUUUCGUUACUAAUUAUUUUAUUUGAAAAAUAUGUUUACCAAAAUAUUGAAAUUUGAUAAACAACUUUCUAAAGUGAAAGUACCUUAUUGGAGAUAGAUAUUUAGUUUUAUUUAUUCGUGUACGUUAUACGUUAUAUAACGACUGGGUGUAAAGUUCAUUUCUAAAUUUUUUGCUUUCCUAUAGCCAAAGCAUCAAUUCACAUUUUCAAAUCAUAUUAAUUGUUAAUUUUUUCAAUAUUUAUUUAUUUAUCUAUAUAUUUUUCUAUGAUACAUAUUAAUUAUUUAAAAUUGAAUGUAAAUUAACUGAUUUUAUUUUGUCCAUAUGGCAACGAAAACUUCACAAAAUUACACUGGAUAUGUGGUGUUUAUUUCAUUAUUAUUUGAUUUAUUGGCGUUCACCAUGAUUUUACCACUUUUCCCAUCAUUAUUAGACUAUUACAAACAUAAUGACUCUGGUGGAUUAUAUCAAUGGUUAGAGGAACAUAUAAGUGUUUUUCAAAAAUUAAUUGGUGUACCAGAUAAGUUUAAUGGAGUACUAUUUGGUGGUAGGUAAAGUACUUGUUAUAUAAACAAUAUAAUUAAUUAAUAUGAAAUGUUUUGAAAUAGGUAUUUUGGGUUCAUUGUUUUCAUUUUUACAAUUUGCUUCAUCGCCAAUUCUUGGUGGAAUAAGUGAUGUUUAUGGACGUAAACCAGUCAUGAUAAUUUGUUUAGUGAGCGUUUACCUAUUAAUUGGCUAGGUACUAAAUUAUUUAUAUUUUUGAAUUUUAAUAUAGUUAUAGUAAUACAUUAUAGGUGGGUAUUUUAUCUUCUUACAUAAUAUGGUCAAAAGCAACAACGUUUUCUUUAUUUGUUUGGGCAAGAAUUAUUGGUGGUCUAAGUAAAGGAAAUGUUAGUUUAUCAAUGGCCAUUGUUUCAGAUGUGUAUGCACCCGAAAAACGUGGAAGAGGAAUGGUAAAUAAAUCAUAUUAAAUUAGUUAUUUGUCUGUAGGUACUGAUAAAUUAUGUUAUGAAAAGCUAACCAAUUAAUGGUGUCUACUCAUUUGAUACUUAAUUGAUUAGUUUAAUAUGGAUUAAUAUUCACAUUAUUUUUUUAAUUUAAUGUUUUACAUAAUAGUACUUUUAAUUAAUUUGCACCAAAAUUACCCUGACACUUAACUAGUAAAUUAUAUAUUUAAAUUAAAUAUAUUUUAGCAGUUUGUAUAAAAAGUGUCAAAUCAAAGAUACUACACUGUAUAUUUUAUCAUUAUAUGAAAACGGUAAAUUUAUUUAAUAGUUUUUUACAUUGCUUCAUAAUUAGUUAGCAAUAAAUUCUAAUUUAUUUUUGAUGGCACAGUAAAGAUAUCUUAAUUAUAUAUUAUAUAAAUGAUAAAUUAUACAUUUUGUAAUCUUUUAAUUAUUGGAUUACUUUUAUAUUAUUAUAAAAGUACUAAACAAAUUAUACAUGUUUAUUUUGUAGGCAAUGAUUGGUAUAGCAUUUUCAGUGGGAUUUGUAUUCGGUCCUAUGAUUGGUGCAAGUUUUGCUAAAUGGUCUCAUAGUCAAAAAGGGGAUUGGUUUGUACAACCCGCUUUACUUGCUGUUUUUUUGACUGUUAUUAAUAUCAUAUUUGUAUCUUUUGCAUUUAAAGAAUCACUUCCAAAAGUAAUAUUUUAUUUAUUAACAGUUAUUUUUAUAUUAGUUGUAAAUUUAAUUAUUAUUUAUAGAAAAAUAGAGCUUCAUCAGUUGCUGGAAAAUUAUCAGAAGCAUUUACCUAUAUUAAUGUGAUAGAUUUAUUUAAAUUUAAACUACUUGAUGGUGUUGUUUCAUCUGACCGUAAUAUUAUUUCUAUAGAUAUUAUGAUUUAUAUUGUCUCAUUUUAAUAUAAUGAUUAUUUUGUUAUUUAAUUAUUAGAUAUUAAGAAGCUACGCACUUUAGGCAGUGUCUACUUUAUUUAUUUAUUUCUAUAUUCUGGUUUGGAAUUUACAUUAACAUUUUUAACACAUAACAAAUUUGGAUAUACUUCAAUGCAACAAGGUUAUAUGUUUUUUUGUAUUGGUAUUACGAUGGCCUUUUUACAAGGUGGAUGGGUUCGAAGAAUACCUCCAGUUCAUACAGCUAAAACUGCAACUUUGGUAAAAUUAUUUUAAACUUACAUGUUACACUUAUGUUGUUAUUAUAAAAGCCCAAAUUUAUUUGUACAGGGCCUUUUAUUAAUAGUUCCAUCAUUCAUUUGUGUUGGGAUGGCUGAAUCUGCCCCGCUAUUUUUUUUUGGUUUAUUUCUGUAUGCUGUUUGUAAGGAUUACUUAUUAAAUAUCUUCUUAUAAUAUUAAAAAACUUAUUAAUCUAAAUACACUUUAAUUAUAUUUUAGCUACCUCUAUUGUUGUUCCAUGUAUGACUACGUUGGUAUCACAUUAUGGAUCUGAUGCUCAUAAAGGCAAAGCUAUGGGUACUUUUCGUUCUUUAGGUGCUUUAGCCAGAGCAAUUGGGCCUGUUUUUGCUUCAAUAUGUCAGUUUUUAUAACUUAUUAAUUAUUUUCACUUAAAAAUGUAAAACUUUGUUAAUUUUUUUAUUUCAGUAUACUGGUCUGUUGGCCCAAAGAUAACAUAUUCCAUUGGAGGAAUUUUGUUAUUACAACCAUGGUUUUUAUUAAAAAGAACAUUGAAAGACACUAAGGAAAAAAUAUAACUUAAAUUUUAUUAAGUGUGAAUAUCUAUUUAUUAUGUUGUAUUAAUUAGCAAAUUACGAAUAUGUUCAUAAUAGUGUAGUUAUACAUUAUCUGUCUAUACAAUUAAGUUGUUUAUUGAAAAAUGUUGUAAGUAUCUAAUUAAAAAUAGUUUUAUUGUAUAACUAAUAACCAAUUUGUUACUUUAUCAAAAACCAAUAUGAAAAAGUGGCUCUAUUAAUUAAUUGAAUCUAACUUUUUACAUUUUUGAUUAUCUAUACUAUUAUAUAAAAUUGUAAGGGUUUUUCUUCGACCGCGCUAACCGAGAAAACUACUGGACCGAUUUGGCUGAAAUUUUUUUUGGCUGAAACCCGACACUCUGCUGAAGGUUAUAGUACCACUUUUGUCAGUAAAAAAGUUCAUAAAAAAUUAAAAACAAUUGUACCUAUAUUGUGCGGCACGGCGGGUCGCGGGUUUACAGCUACCUGUAACUUGACCUUUUUUUUGUAUCGUGUUUGAUAUCGGCGUUCCGAGAAGUAUAUCGCACUUACACCGACAACACGUAUACCCAAUAUUCAU